CUGGCACAGCAGUCCGUCACUAUGGGAACGUCCAGGAUGUUCCGCAUUUUUGUAGUCCUGGGGUCAGCCUUCAUGAUCCUCCUGAUCAUCUUCUACUGGGAUGAUGUCGGAGCCUCCCAUCUGUAUUUGAACACUCCUGUCUCGCCGGGUCCCAAAAUCCCACACCCCCACCCCCAGCAGCGAACUCAAACCUCCCGAACCCCGUCCUUCCUGUCCGACAUCGAUGCCUUCGUUAACCAGUUCUUAGAGCCAGGAACUGGUGAGCCGACAGACCCCGUCCCCGCUGAAACAAGCAACCAAUCAGACAAAGCUGAAGAACGGUACAUACCUCGACGGGAGUGGAAGAUUCACCUGACUCCAGUAGCAGCAGAGCUCCGUGAGAGACAGGAGCAGCGGCGGAAGUUACUUCAGGAGAUGUGUGCUAAUGAUAGCGUGGUGUUUCCUGGCAAAAACCGCUCGUUCGACGACAUUCCCAACAAGGAGCUGGAUCACCUCAUUGUGGAUGACAGACAUGGUAUUAUCUACUGCUAUGUUCCUAAGGUAGCGUGCAGUAACUGGAAGCGGAUCAUGAUCAUUCUCAGUGAGAGCCUGCUGCAUGAUGGCGUUCCCCAGAGAGACCCGCUGGCCAUCCCCAGAGACCUGGUCCACAACAGCAGCAUGCACUUCACCUUCAACAAGUUCUGGAAACGUUACGGAAAGUUUGCAAGGCACCUCAUGAAGGUGAAGCUGAAGAAGUACACCAAGUUUAUUUUCGUGCGGGACCCUUUUGUCCGUCUCAUCUCCGCCUACCGGAAUAAAUUUGAAAUGCGCAAUGAGGACUUCUACCGCCGCUUUGCACAGGUCAUGCUGCGCCGCUACGCCAACCAGCCGACACCUCCCGCCUCUGUAGAUGAGGCGUUCACUGUGGGUAUCCAUCCCUCCUUCUCCCACUACAUCCAGUAUCUCCUGGACCCUCAGACAGAGAAGGAGAUGCCCUUUAAUGAGCACUGGCGGCAGGUGUAUCGCCUUUGCCAUCCAUGCCAGAUUCAGUAUGACUUUGUGGGCCAUUUGGAGACGGCAGAAGAGGAUGCCGAGCACCUACUACGUCAGUUGAAGGUGGACAAUGUUGUGGAGUUCCCCACCUCUCAUAGGAACCUUACAUCCAGCAGCUGGGAGACCGACUGGUUCAGCACAGUACCCGUUGAGGCCCGGAAGGAACUCUACAAGCUGUAUGAACCUGACUUCAGGCUCUUUGGCUAUGACAAACCAGACUCCAUCCUCAAUGAGUGAUGUUCAAAACUGACUCAGCCACACAGAGGUUUUUUUAUGUGAUAAAAUAAUACUACACUCUAACAACAGUGACACCUCCCUUAGUCAUGUGCUUUGCAGAUGUGUUCUCCAGUUUGGUCUAUGCUACACUGAAUGUGCACAUUAUUAAGGAUACUCACUCCUCCAAGGAAGCACAUUAAUGCAGCAAAAUCAGGUAAUAGCCAUUAUCCAUUAUUGUUUUUCAAUUAAAUCUUUACCAAUCAUAAAGAUAACAAGAAGCACACAAGUUAGAGUGGUACAGUUGGGAUGUGGAUUGUGCAACACACAGCUGCAAGAGGAUAUCAGCAGGUAUCCCUAAUCAUCUGUACAUUCAGUGUGGUCUUUGAUUCAAACCUCCACGCAGAGUGUUUUGUACUCCCAGCCCUGAUGUCACGCCAUGCCUGUCGUUUGGGACAUCACAGUUCUGCUGGGACUAACUGUGAUGACCUCACAGGCUUUGUAGCAGGAGGUUGCGAAAUAAACCUUUGCUGAAGUGAUGUCACAGAGCCAUAUGCUAUGUUUGCGAUGUCAUAAAAAACGCUUUUGGUUGUGAUGCCACAAUAGAUGCCGUGGACAGGACCUGGGGAAGCGGGGGUGGUCGAUCAAAAAAACAGCUAGAUUAGUUUUAAUGUAGUUGCACUAGAGUGGUAGUUUUCAGCUAAUUUAUUUCACAUUGUGUAAGUGCAAUGUUUAUGUUAAGCAUGAAAGGGAUAUUUUUUGUUGAACACUUUUGUUGAAAACACUAUUGACAGCUGUCAACUUCAGAAACAGGUAGAAAUCCUUUAUACCUCAUACAUACACUAACAGGAUACUUGUGUUAUGUUCCACUUCAACAGCAAACCCUAUUGCUUCUUUAGACCUCGGUACGUUAGGUUUCAGCAUGUAGUCAAUUCUGUUAUGUUAAUAGAAACAUUUUUGACAAUAUUUUAGCAGCUUGCUUUAUUUGACUGUUUUUUGAAGCAUGAUAUGGAUGACACAUUGUAGCCUCAUCAUCAUAAUAGAAGCAGAAGCAGUUCCAGUGAAACCAACCCAAAUUGCUGGAUUUGUCUCAGCUUGCCUUUGAGGCGUAAAAACCGGCAUUUCAACAUUCUUUUUAUUUCAUUUCAGCUGGAAGUGCACAGAUGAGCCUCUGUUAUAUUUUAACUGACUUUUCCAAAGGGAACAUUUUAUGUUAUUGCUUGUUACCAUGACAGUGUUUUCAUCAGCAUUCGAUCACCUUUGUGUUUUCACGCACAAACUGCAGUUAUUGACACUGAACUAUGUAAUGAGUUGACAAGGACUACAACAGUAUUGUUGUUCCCCCCUUAAGUAUGACGAACAUUUUUAUGUUUAAGGGCAGUAUUUUCAUGGAUUGCAGUGUUCUGUAGCAAGAAGCUGAGCACAUUACCUGAAGCCAACAAGGAGUGGAUUUGAAUGCGUACAAUUCUAUUGCACUGAAGUGAAGAAACACCACUCCAUGGCUUGGGUUGAUGCUAGCAUAUUAAAUACAAGAUGAGUCUUAAUGUCAGAGUUUUCUAAGUAAAGGUAUGAUCAUGGUUUGAGGCAGGAUUAAUUCACAUCAUGAUCUGGGCAUAGAUCCAGCUCCAUGAUUCAUACUGUAUGAAAAGAGAGGAAGAUAAGAUAGUGCCUUUGGUUGCAAAAGUUUACACAGCAAAAAAAAAAGUAUUUUUGUAGGAGGACUUAAUUUUUACUUUGAACACUAUACAGUAACAGCAUUAUGAAGCCACAACAAGGUAUAUUUGAUAUAAUGGGCCUUGUUUAUCUUGUGUGACUAUCAUUUGGGAAAAAUAGGAAACAGCAGAGCCCUUCAGCAGAGUUGUCUAACUGUCUUACUGGAAAUGUGUGUGAUUCACGAUUGUGUAAGAACGUAUUAUAAGUGCUUGUGUCCAAUGGAUCGCUCUGUGUACCCUGACUGUCAUUUACCACACAGCGAUACUGCGUGGUUUGUACUGUACGUGAUGUCAUGGUCAUUCUCUGUGUCAAGUCACUAAAAUGUACAUGUUCACAGUAUUGUCUCAAUGUUGUAUCACAGCCUUUUGGUUUAUUUGUUUUGUAUAAGUGUGACGUGUGAGGGGAAAUUUUAUUGUUUUGUUUUUUAAUUAUUUCAGCAAUGUCUGAUUUUCCCAAAAGUUGUCAUCACUUGGGUCGGAAAAAAGGGAAAAACACAUAGUCAUCCUGCACUCCCAACUCACUAGUGUUUGGAUUGUCCGUCAGUUACAUUUUCAUAUCUCUUUUGCAUUUCUGUUCUUUUGUUGUAUUUUCUUAUGUUUUUGUCUUGAUUUGUCAGCAGUUUUGUUCUUGGCUGUUUUUUUUCUUUCAAAGUACAAACAACAGGACUGUAAGAUAGUAUAAUGUGUGUAAGGCAAAAAAAGAAAUAGAUAGAGUACAUGCUGCUUUUGUAAUAGGAAAACAUGGGAAAUCAUGCUUGGGUUUUUAGGGAACUUGUUGUUUGACUGCUGAUAUGCAUUUUUUUUUCCUCCGGAGUGGCCUGACGCUACAACAUCACUUUGAACAGCUUAAAGGUUUGUUGCAGCUGCUGCAGUGCCAAACCUUAUCCUACAUUUUGACCUCAUGCCAAUUCCUAACAGUAAAUAGUGGCACAGAAAAAAACCAAAAAAACCAAAUCUAUUUUUGUGAUUGAUGUUUUUGUAAAACGUAAAUUUCAUAAAUUCACAAGAGAAUCUGCAA